UAUAUUGAAUACCUAUAUUAAACGUUUAUAUAUACGUUUGCAUCGCAUUAAAGCAGUAUUUUCCCGUUCAAAAGACUUUUGUUGUGUAGCAGAGAGACAUUUUACCUCCGGUUCGCCUUUUCCGGUCCUUUUUCCUGCCUCCCGCUCAAGAUGACUAAGAAGAGAAGGAACAACGGACGCGCAAAGAAGGGCCGUGGUCAUGUCCAGCCCAUCCGCUGCACCAACUGUGCCCGCUGUGUUCCCAAGGAUAAGGCCAUCAAGAAGUUUGUCAUCAGGAACAUUGUGGAGGCGGCCGCUGUGAGGGACAUCUCAGAAGCUAGUGUGUUUGACUCAUACGUAUUGCCCAAGCUGUACGUGAAGCUGCAUUACUGUGUUAGCUGUGCCAUCCACAGCAAGGUGGUGAGAAACAGAUCCCGGGAGGCCCGCAAGGAUCGAACACCACCUCCCCGCUUCAGGCCUGGUGGUGCUCCACCAAGAGCUCCUGCAAAGCCCAUGUGAAGCAAAUCAGCCAUCACAUUCUGUGCAUUUUAAUGCAGACAAAUAAAAAACCAUCUAAAACAGG